AUGGCGCAUCUCCAAGCAUCUAAUCUCUUCUCUGUCCAGGACCGAGUGAUUGUGAUCACCGGAGGCGGGAGUGGUCUUGGCCGCAUCAUGGCCAAAGCACUGGACGCCAACAACGUGGACAAAAUAUUCGUACUCGGUCGACGCCAAGACGCUCUUCAAGAAACUGCCUCGCAAACCGUACACAAAUCCGUCAUCCCAAUCCAAUGCGACGUCACUUCCAAAGAGUCUCUUGAGGCUGCCUACCAGGCCGUCGCGGCACAGACAACGCACGUGGACCUUCUCAUUGCCAACAGUGGUAUCCUGGGCCCUCACAUGAAACCACCACAGCGUGCAGCAGAUGGAUCACUCCCGCCCCUUUCGAAAAUACGGGAUGAACUCUUCAACGUUCCAAUGGAAGAGUUCACCAACGUUCUCAAUGUCAACGUCACAGGCGCAUACUAUACAUUCCUGGCAUUUUUGCCCUUGCUGGAGGCAGCAAAUAAGAGACGGCCCGCGCCGCAGCCGGGUGUUCUUUCUCCGCCCACCGCACAGGUGAUCAUCACCAGCUCGAUCGCUGGAUAUAAUCGGAAAGUGCCAUUCAGCUUCGCGUAUAACUCUUCCAAGGUUGCGACGACCCAUUUGGUCAAGAUGCUGUCGACAAAUUUCUCCGAUUACGAUAUUCGGGUCAAUGGAAUUGCGCCCGGUCUUUACCUCUCGGAGAUGUCGGCCGACUUGUUCAAUGACACUGGGAUUGAUGGCCAGGGAGUUUCUGAGGGCUCUUUCCCACGAGAGAUGAUUCCUGCCACUCGAGGUGGCAGCGAGGAAGACAUGGCGGGGCUGAUUAUUUGGCUCGCUAGCAACUCGGGUGGCUAUAUCAAUGGUAAUAUUGUAAUCACCGACGGUGGCCGCGUUUCGGUCGUGCCAGCAGUCUACUAA